GCGAGCAUGUUGUUCAUCGACAGAUUUGUCUAUACUCGUACUUUUCACAAGAAACUGCUUCUACUUUUUGGUUUUUGGCCAAGUUCCUAUCCGCGGCUUCAAAGACUACAGAUUUCUUUCUUCUAUCUUCUGUUUGCUAUUAGCAUCAUUUUGCAGUUGGCAACUAUUUUCUCGUCCGACUGCAAUUUUGACUGCAUCACACGUGUAUUGUCGCUGCUUCUUCCGAACAUAAUAGGUGGCACUAAAUUCAUCUACAGUCAUAUUUACAAAACAACCGUGCAAAAAUUAUUUAUGAGGAUUGAGAUUGACUGGGAAUUUUUGAAGGAUGACGAAGAAGCUAUUGAGAUUCUGCGAGAGUAUACAAGAAACAUAUCUAUGCUUCUGAUAUGUGUGAUUGCAUUUUUGUGUUGUAGUUUUUCAAGCGGUAUAGUACUGGUUUUCAUAGUAAUGUCCCCGAAGGAAAUAUCCGAUGAUUGCACGGAAUUUUCGUCACGUUUGCUCCAUUUGGAAAGGAAUAUGUAUAAUUCUCUUGAUUUUAUGUUAGUGAUCGGAUUCACAGAUUGUGUUUUCGUUAUAAUCAGUGAAAUCUCUAAUGGGUUUAUAUCGGAACACGUGUGUGGGCUGUUCAGAAUCGUAGGACAUCAUUUACGACGCGCAAGUGAUGUGAAUGCAAAGCUUCCGCUUAAUGAGAGAAACGACAAGAUUCGUUCGAAAAUAAUACAUGCUGUGCGUGUUCAUGUGAGAGCAACAAAGCUUAUGAACACUUUCUGGAACUCGUUUGGAACAAAUUACGUAGUGAUUUUGCUUUGUGGUACCGCUUCAAUAAGCUUACAUAUGAUAAACCUGAUGGAAGAUGUAAGACAAGCUCUCAAUGUGGGAACGGUAAUGACAUCAGUCAUUCCCAUGUUAUAUAUGUACAUUUAUUUGUUAAUCGCGAAUCAUUUUGGGCAAAGAGUGAUCGAUCACAGCGUGGAUAUUUUUCAUGACGCAUACAAUUCUCGAUGGUACGAAAUUCCUGUCGAUAUUCAAAAAUUAUAUUUGUUCAUUCUACAACGAAGUAUAAAGAGUUCCGCGUACAUUAUACCUGGUGCAUUCAUAUCAUCGCACGAAUUUAUAACCACGAUCGUAAAAGUGUCGUUCUCCUGUUUCACCGUGUUAUGUUCGUUGCAAAAAUAACGUUAUCUCGUAUGUUUUCAUACGAGACGUGUAUGGUGAACAAUGAACGAAACGGAAACAUAAGAUAUGUAUAUGGUUAACGAGUUAUUGUUAUCUCAUUGAUGUUUUCCUGCACUGUAUAAAUGAAUAUUGUUCUUGAUACACAGCGCCGGAUCGAUAGGGGGGCUAAGGCCUCGGACCUUGUUUUCUAGGAGGCUCCAUUCUAAAACUUUUAUUUACUAUGUCAAAAGUUCUAAUGCUUGGAAUCCACUAUAAUUUUGCAAAUUUUUGACGCAAUUAUUGUUGCAAAACUAAAUCUUUAAAAAUUGCAAUUUUUUUAUCAAGUUCAGCCCCGGGCCCCCAAAAU